AUGGCCAGGUCGCUUGGCUUGUUGCGACAAGAUGUACCAAUUCAAGUGACAGACUCGAGCAAGAACAACUACGGUGUGGCGUACCAGCGACGAGAGAACAUCGGAAUCGAGACUCACGGAUCCCAGAAGGCUAUUCAAGAACGCUGCAAAGAACUUGCUCAAUCGUCCGGCUUUCAAUUGUUUGUCGACAGCUUUAGUAGCUAG